AAGGAGGUGUCCUCAUCACCAUGCCGUAUGACCAGCUCUCGGGAGUACAGGCCGCUACCAGCGAAGAAGUCCAAAUUCUCCCCGGAUUUACCAAAAUUUUUUCACUUUCCGCAUCCACCAGUGCCAAACUCACGGCUGAUGGGAGUACACUUGUGGGCGAGGCAUCGCUCCAGGUCGACGUGACCACGUCGGCAGAGAUGAAAUUCCUCUCGGGUCGACCCAUUACCGGAUUGGAUGUCAGUACAUCUGCGAAUUUUGACUAUCAGGGAGACUUGACUGGUUCCUGUAAUGUGGCAACAUCUGGCGACUUGGAAAUGAAGGGAAAUUUGCUAGGACCCGCCACCUGCGAUGUGACUACCAGUUCUGAUGCCACCAUUGAGGGCAGUCUCUUAGAGAAUACUGUGAUCAAUGUGGGAACCUCGGCAGAUCUCAAAGUCACGGGAUCUGUAUGGGGGAAAAUUGAGGCCAGCACUUCCUCCGAUGUGACUGUCACCAGUUGUACCAAUGUCACACUCUCCACCAGUGCUGACUGCAAUGAAAAGAAUCCGGUGGACGAAACAGUGACAGUAAAGGUGGAUCCACAGUCCUUGACAUUGACGGGAACCAACAAAUGUUCUGGUGCAUUUGCACGUUGCUCCAAUCUUGUUUUGCUGCCCUCUGUGGUGGUGUCCAUGCUGAUGUUCGGGGGGUGUUGAAACUGCCAAUUAUGUUCUAAAAAGGGCACCGUUCCAAGCAAGAAACAGGAAGGAAAAGAGCAUGCUGCCCGGGAGCUCCUACAGUAGAAUCCAUGCAAUUUGAGGCAAGGAAGGAGAAACAGCACUCGUUGCACACAGUAACAACUGUAUAUCCACUACAUUAUUUGUG